ACUUGUUUCACUUCAGUUCCCACCCCCAUUUCCUCAUAUCAAACACCUUUCACUAUCUAUCUUCUUUCCUUCACCUAAGCAGAUCAACCCUAAUCCUAUAUCACAUAUUCAUAUCUAUCUUACUACUCUCAUAGCUUCAAUUUGAGGCUCACGCACGAAUGAAUAAGGAUUUGAGCAUUUGAGAGAGAUCAUCAUAUGGAGAAUAAUAAGAUGAUGGGUGUGAAGAAAGAGGACUAUGCUGCCAAUAUAGGAUCUUCAUCCCUCCCUUCUUGUAAUAAUUAUCCAUUCUUUGAUUUCUCUGAAGAUAAGGGCUCUUUAGGGUUUAUGGAGCUAUUGGGUGUGCAAGACUACAAUCAUCUCCUUGAUUUCCCUCUAUCGUCACACGUGUCAGUGCCUCAAACCUCUGCGGUUAAGGAACCACCUGAGACUAAGAAAGAGUGUUCCGAGGUAACCAACAACCAGCAACCGACGACUCCGAACUCUUCAUCCAUUUCCUCCGCGUCCAGUGAGGUUCUCUAUGAUGAACAGAAUAAAACUGUAGACCUAGCACCUGAACACCAAAAGACAAAGGAACAGUUGAAGGCAAAGAAGACAAAUCAGAAGAGACAGAGAGAACCGAGAUUCGCGUUCAUGACGAAAAGCGAGGUGGAUCAUCUGGAAGAUGGGUACAGAUGGAGAAAGUACGGUCAAAAAGCUGUGAAAAACAGCCCCUUUCCCAGGAGCUACUAUCGUUGCACCAGUGUUUCAUGUAAUGUGAAGAAACGCGUGGAGCGAUCUUUCAGCGACCCAAGCAUUGUGGUGACAACCUACGAAGGCCAACACACGCAUCCAAGCCCAGUUAUGGGUCGCUCCAACAACUUUGGUACGGUAAUGUCUGGAUCUGCUGGAAACUACAUGUCCCAAUAUUAUCAUCAGCAACAAGUCCACGUCAAUGCAUUGUCUUCUUUGGGUUUCCUCUCUUCUUCUUCGUCUUCAAGGAAUGCCACUUUUUCUCAAGAGACUGCCUUGUUAAGUGACUAUGGGCUUCUUCAAGAUGUUGUUCCUUCACAUAUGUUGAAAGAAGACUAGAUGAUAAUAACUUCACUACUGUUUCUAUGUGAUUUCUUAUAAUUAGUUUUUGUAGGAGAAUAUAGAUGAGGACUAUGUUGCUGCACUGGGAUAUUUAAGUUUUAGUUUUCAUUACCAUCAUGAUCAUACUUGUAAAACCCGCGUUAUCUUUUUGCGCGCGCGCAUAUAUAUAUAUAUAUAUAUAUAUAUAUAUAUAUAGGCCUUGCCAUGAAUAUUAUUAGUGUAACAUGAUGGAUUUUGAUCCGG